UGUGUGAGUUAGUGUUGUGUAAAACAUCAUCGCUCAUCAAAGUGAACAUGUUCACUUGAGAGAAGCAAACUAUUUGUAGUAAAUUCAUAAUAUUUAGUCACAUAUCAGUGCAUUAAAAAGUGCAUGCCCAAGGAAGUGACCACGCCUCAAGCAAUAAUAGCAAAAACAACCAGUGCAACACAAUAUGAACAAGCUAACGACGACUGCUUAGUUAGUUUUCAUCUCUGCGCGCUUCUGCAUGUGUGCGUGUGUCUCCGUGUGUGCGUGUGUGUGUGAGUUGAGCGUGUGUGUGUGUGUGCAUGGUGGUGCUUGAUUAAUGGAAACAGUUGUAUUCGUAGUGGUGUGCUGAAGUGCAACAACAAUAGCAAUUAAGUUUAAUUAACUCAUCAUCAAUUGGAUGUGAACAGGCUGCCAAAGUGCAUUUAUUAUAUAGAGAGAAGCCAGCAGAGAUCGUAGCCAGCGCAGCACUAACAACAACGAGAUGCCACCACUGAAGAGCUACUCCAUACACCAUGAAUUCAAUGCGAAUGCAAAUUGUCACAACGGCAAUGACAAUACCACCGAUAACGAUAACGAUAACGAUUACUUCAGCCAGCAGACUGUAGCAGCCGCCGCUGCCGCUGCUAGCACACAACGUACAAAUCGACCCACUUAUUGCAACGCCCAAUAUCCGUUCAAGGUGCUGGCCAAUCUGAAUCAAUUGCGGGAGCAAUCGCGCUUCUGCGACAUCGAAAUCAUCGCUGGCGAAUCCACAUUCAAUGCACACCGUGCUGUCCUCAGCGCUGCCAGUGCUUACUUCGAGGCAAUGUUCCGACCCGAACUGGGCCUCAAUGAAGUCAAACAGAAAUCGGUCGUGUUGCACACAAUCGAUGGCGACAUCUUGCACAUACUGCUGGAGUUCGUCUACUCAGGUCGCUGCGAAAUUACGCAGUCCAAUGUGCAGGAACUGCUUGCGGCCGCGGAUAUGCUGCAGUUGAACGAGGUGGUCGAUGGCUGUUGUGAGUUUUUGUGCCGGGAGUUGCAUGCCACGAAUGCAUUGGGCAUUUUGCGCUUCGCGGAGGCCCACAAUUGUGAAUCACUAGCAAAGAGUGCAAUGAGCUUUGUGCAAGCCAACUUUCCAGCGAUAACGCUAGAAGAUGAGUUCCUGGAGACACCGCAGACUUUGUUGUCACAGUUAUUGAACUCGGAACUGUUGCGCGUUGACUCCGAGUCGCAGGUGUUCCAGGCAGCGCUGCGUUGGAUCAAGCACGAUGUUACGCAACGUCGCUGCUAUGUCUUCGACAUACUGUCGCAUGUCCGCAUGGCCCUGGUGCCGGUCAAGGUGAUCGACAAGGCGUUAAAGGACGAUUGUCGCGACAUGUCCGUGAAGAUAGCGCUGCGCUCCAUCUGCCGGGACAUUGCAUCGAAACGGGGCCAACUGGUGCCGUUGCGCGUCUGCCCACGCCAACUGGCCAAGAAGAACAUCUACAUCAUCGGUGGCUCACAUCGCGACACACCGCGCACAUGGAACUCGGCAGACUGCACCUUCGAGACGGUGGCCAAGUUCGAUAUAUUUCGCCGAGAGUGGACGGAAACGGCGCCCAUGGAGGUGGGACGCAUUCUGCCGGGCGUGUCGGCACUGAAUGGCAAAAUCUAUGUGGUGGGCGGCGAGCGAGGCUCGCAGAUUCUGGCCAAUGGCGAGGUGUACGAUCCACAGAAUGAUAUUUGGCAGCCCAUCGCACCGAUGAUUGUGCCGCGCUGCGAGUUCGGACUGUGCACCAUGGGUGGCAAUCUGUUUGCAGUCGGCGGCUGGAUUGGUGACGACAUCGGCGGCACCAUGGAAUGCUAUGAUCCCGAGAAGAAUGUAUGGAAACUGAUUGGCAGCAUGCCACAGCCUCGCUUCAGCAUGGGCGUCGUCAGUUUCGAGGGACUCAUCUACAUAGUGGGUGGGUGCACCACAACCACAAGACACUUGCCGGAUUUGAUAAGCUACAAUCCCGUGACCAAGGAGUGGACGCAAUUGGCACGCAUGCAAACGGCACGCUGUCAAAUGGGCGUGGCUGUGCUGGAUCGCUAUUUGUAUGUGGUUGGCGGCAGCAGCAUUAGCCAGGACGUGCUGAGCUCUGUGGAGCGCUACAACUUUGACGAUGAUAAAUGGUCGACAGUCUGUGCGCUGAACGUGCCACGCGCUAUACCCGCUGUGGCCGCUGCCGAUGGUCUGCUCUACGUAGCCGGUGGGGAUCAGCCCUGUGAGGCGAACUUCUACCGCGCUCAAGUCACCAUCAGCGCCGUCGAAUGUUAUGAUCCAUUGUCGGACACUUGGAAGAACUGCCCCGACUUGCCGGUUAGUCGUUCCGAGGCAGGCGCUGUAGUUGUUUAAGACGAACUCCUCCAACACCCUUAGUUGACCUGCCUUAACUCUCCAGCAACGUUCUCACUCACUUUCUACUAUAUUUAGUGCACUACACAGCCACUCAUUUACACCUCGAUUGCAUAUGUGCAUUGUGUAUUGCAUUGUAUACGCUAGAAACAUAAAUAACUACAUAACACAACACAUGGCAAACUCUCCGAUUUCUCUAUUUGAAAGUUGAACGUAGUGCUUUAUCUGUUAGCCAAAGCUAGACGCUCUGUUGCAGUUAACGUUUUCGAAGCUAUUCUAUCACCCAGUGUUUAGUAUUAUUAUCUAGUAGGUAGUCAGGAAAGUAACAGCAGCAACAGCCGGCCUCUGAUUGUUCCGUAGUAGUUGAAAGUUGACCUUUAUAAAAGCGAAAACCAAAAUUCAUGUGGCGAAAAUGAAAUGUAUAUCAAUCGUAUGUAUCGUAUUUGCUGAAUCAAAUUGUUCAACUCGAGCCUAUGUUUAUGUUUAAAAAAUUGUUUAAUCAUUACAAAUAUAAGUGAAAUCAAAGAUCGCAUCACUGGCGGUGCGUUUUUGUAAAGUGCGACCCAAAUAACAUUGCAACUGUAUGAUUUAAAUAAUGUACCAAAAUCGAAAAGCAACAUUCAAAAAAGAAACAAACUGUAUUAAUAAUAGGUGUAUUUACCAAUAAUAAAUGUACGACUAAAAUAA